AUGCGUGUUAACGUUGUGUCUUUGGUGGCCCUUGCUACUACGGCUGCAGGUCUCGUCGUUACCUCGCCACGAAUUGGAGAGAAGAUUGACCCAGACCGCCCCCUUACUAUCAAAUGGCAAUCCGUCCAGACCGAUCCUGAUACCUUCACCAUCGAGCUGGUCAAUCAAAAUGUCUAUCCAUCGACAACAGAGAUCGUGGCGGAAAAUGUCGACUCGUCGAAGGGCUCAUACACGGUCAAAUCCAAGUCCUUUACUGACGUGGACGUUGGAAAGGGAUAUCAGAUCAACUUCCUUUCCAACAGCAACGGAAUUCUGGCUCAGUCCCAGCAAUUCGGAGUGACUGCACCGGGUGCUCUCUCUAGCUCUAGCUCUGGUAAGGAAACUAGCACUGCGAGUGAAACUUCGUCUGGGUCGACCUCCAUGCUUUCUUCCACAGCGUCGACAAGUGAGAUUACCUCGACUUCUGCUUCUUCCUCGACUGCUUCUUCUAUUUCUUCGACUACUUACUCUCCCACCAGUGCGUCUACCCCUACCUCAUCCCAAAUAUCUUCUACUUCUUUUUUCCCUUACAACAUUUUCCACAACACCGUCUCUUCUCACAACGCUUACCGCUUUCACGUCUUCGCCAGCCUCUUCUUCAACAUCUACACCUACAACUUCUUCUACCAGCUCAUCCGUGUCUACAUCUACACCUACAAGAGCGUCCUCCACUUCUUCUACCAAGCUAUCUUCCACCUCAUCAAUCUCUACAUCUCAUUCUUCCUCAACCUCUAUUUCGAGCACAAUCUCUUCUACUUCAUCUCAUUCCACCCCAUCUUCCACAUCAAAUGCCCGUUCAAGCACUACCCGUGGUUAGUAAUGCAGGCGGCUUUAGCUGUCAAAACAACACUUCACUUCCACCGAUACAUUGAUAACCAGAGACUGACUAUCUUCAUAGAAUCGAGCUCAACCACGACUUCGACUACUAUGUCUAAGACACAUACAUCCACGUCGACUACUACCCACCACACCACCUCGACCAGAACUUCGACUGCGAGUGAGUCGGCUACAACUACCUCAAAUGCCGCAGCUAUCCUUAUGCCUCCUGCCCAGGCUGGCGGUCUGUUUCUGGGUCUAUUUGCUCUGGCGCUCUAA